UUGAAAAUAUACUUAAGUGAUUAAGUGUAAAAUUCAAUUAAAAUCAUGUCGCCGACUCGUGCGGCCGGUUUAGUCAUCUUCAGAAAUAUAAAUCAAGCGGUACAGUUCCUUUUAUUACAAACAUCUUAUGGGGAACACCACUGGACUCCUCCAAAAGGUCAUGUUGAUCCAGGUGAAUCUGAUUGGAUUACUGCGUUAAGAGAGACAAAAGAAGAAGCUGGUUUAUCAGAAAAUGAGCUACUAGUGUAUAAGGAUAUUUCAAAGACACUGAACUACCAAGUAAAGGGAAAACCUAAAGUAGUUGUGUAUUGGUUGGCAAAGUUAAAAAAUCCAGAACAAGCGGUGACUCUCUCAGAUGAACACCAGCAACUGAAGUGGCUACCAUUGGAACAAGCCCAAGAGAUAUCCGGAUUUGAUGACAUGAAACAACUUCUUGCUGAAUUUCAUGAACAUGCUAAGAAAUUACUGUAAUAUAUUAUAUUUGUAGAAUAUAUUGUUCCACGCCACAUUAUCAA